AAAAAACCUUCGCGGGGUUUCCAGAGGAAGUGUUAAAAUCCUUUUAUCUUAAUUGAAUUAAUUGCUUUAGAUUUUUCGUAAUGGCGGAGACAAUUGUAACAUCCGAGGCAGCUUCAAGUUCGUCCCAGUUGAACUGGUCAUCCCAUAUAAUAUGUCGGGUUUGUCAAAAGCAAUUUUCGCAGUAUACCUGCCCUCGAUGUAAUACCCGUUAUUGCUCUCUUCCUUGUUACAAGUCUCAUAGUCUUCGUUGCACUGAAUCCUUUAUGAGAGAGAAUGUCAUGGAGGAACUACAGCACUUACAACCAGAUGGAGGAAGUAAGCAAAAAAUGCUGGACAUACUCAAACGAUUCCACUCGGAAGAUGAAGCAGACAUCAUGGAUGAAGAUGAUUCCUUUUUGUCUGAGGAAACUAUUCAAAAAAUUCAAUCUGGAAACCAGAUAAGUUUUGAAGAUUUAUCUACUGAAGAAAAGAAACAUUUUCACAGGGCUGUUGCCUCAGGAGAGCUGAGCAAAUUGAUUAGGCCGUGGGAGCCAUGGUGGUUGAAGCCUUCUGCCAAGUACAUAUCUCUUGGUCGGGAUGGAACUCAACUAGUCCAGCCACUUGUGAGGGACGAUACAGCUGUUGACGACCCUUUGCACGACAUUCCACUGGGCCCCGACUCUCCGUUACCCUCAGUUAGUAAGCUCAGUGCGGCCGGGCCAUCCCCUUUAUUGGCUGUUCACCUUGUUGACAUCGUGUACAGUUAUUGCUUUACUCUUCGCCUUUACAAUGGUGAUUGGGAAUCAGAUCCCAUAGGAUCAGCCACGGUGUUGUUGAGCGUCUCUUCUGUUCUUGGUCAAGGUGGGCAGCCGGAGACAGUGCUGGAAGCUCUAUCGCAUUGCAUGGAGCAAACAUGUUCACCGGCCUUCAGACACAUGGGUGGCCUACAAUUCGCAUUGGGACUAAUCAAUGACACAAUUACCCUUCUUAAUCUUGAAGGACCAGCUUUAGUUUGUUUGCUUUGUGAUCUAAGGAGGCUAAUUCUACAAGCAGAGAAGGAUUUGAAGUCAGAGAAGCCGCGUAAAUCCAGAAGUUCUGAAAUCAAAACGAAGCUCAAGUCUGCUGAAAGGAAGGUUUAUUUUAUAAUGUGUUGGGCUCACGAGCAGCCACGAGAAGCAUGGUCUUCCUUAGCAGCAAUUGUCGAGGCAGAGCAGAGGCGAUUAGUUGAAUCUGUAGGGAGUAAGACGAGUAUUCCGAAAAUGGAGAAAGUACAAACUGAGGGUAAGCCUCUGAUUAAGGAGGUUGAAUAACUUGAUUAUUCCUUCUGCAUGACAAGCUAAGCUGCAGCAGAAAACACAAAGAAGUACUCACUGAUGCUUGUAAAGAUGUUAGGUUCAGAUCAUGGUGUUUUUGCUUUACAUCAUUGCCUGAAGUUUUGUACUAUUUACUUUCUCUUUGGAACUUUAUUCA